GUAGGGAAAGGGGGCGGGGGUAUCAGUGUGGGGGACCUGCCGGGCGAGGCGUCGCGAGGCCUUCGUGGGGGGUUCAGGGUUGGUCGCGGUGGUGGCCCAGGGGUGGGGGCGGUGGUCAGUCAGGGCGGCCAACCAUGGGGAGGGGCCAGGCGCGGUCGUUCGAGGAGGCCGACGAGCUCGCACAACACAAGGUGAGGAGGAAAUGCACCGUCUUCAAAUACAUUCACGUCGGCCAAGACCUCGGGAACCGUGGCACGAAGAUGUUCAAGUGCGUCUUUUGCAGUCAUGAAUUCCAAGGGACACAAUUUGUUGGGGCAAGGCACUUCAAACAGGGGAAAGGGUGUCCGCAGGUCACAAACGAGGCACUCGUGGAUAUCCAUUUCAACACUUCCUACAAGAUGGUGAACAAGCAGUUGGAGCGGUUGCAGCAUUACGAGGAGCUCCAAGGUGGUGCACCAGCUGUGGCUGUGGAUGGUGGUGCGGGAGGGGACGACAAGUCGGGUAUGGUUGUAGAGGAAGAUGGAGGGCAGGAGGUGGAUGACAUGAUCGAUGCCGAAGGCGAUGCGCUGCAGCAAGAGGUUGAGGAGCCUUAUACGCAGCGGUUGGGGAACGCUGUGGUGGGUGAGAGUUCAGGGAAGAGGAAGGAGAGAGAGGGAGGGGGGAAUGCGGCCCCGCGAAAGAAGAUGAGACAGCCUGCGAUCAAGUUGGAGAGCAAACACUUGGGCCUCAUUUACCCGUGCGAGACAUGUUUCGCAUCGGCCUUUGCUAUGUUGGAGCGUCUUAUCGCUGUGAGGCAAGCUUUGGAGAGGACUGUCGACACGGCGGAGUGGAGUCUUAUCCCUUGGGACGCACGCGUUGAGAGGCUCGCGAGAUGGAUGAGGUGGCCGGUGACACAUGGGAGAUGGUGGGACUUGAUCGAGACGCUAGUCUGCAUCAUGGAUCCUGUUUACGAUCUGCUGUGGUGGUUGGAUCGUGGUGGUAUGCACAUAUCACUCAUUGUGCCUUGGACACAGCAGCUGCAGAUUGACAUGGCGAGGGAGCUCUGCGUUCUGCCGACUGUCGUGGGUCAGCACAUCUUCCAAAAGGUGCAGGAGCGGUGUCAGAUGAUGUUGGAGCCGACACACGCCGCAACUUUCCUUUUAUGCCCUGCCCAUCGCGAUAUGAGGUAUUUUAGUGGUGUGGUCGAUUCGUAUCGCGCCAAAUUGUUGAGAGAGGCGGAGGUGUAUAUCCUCACGCAUUGCGGUUACGACGCCACUAGCGAUUUGUGCUCUCGGGCAUGUGAUCAGUUUCGUUGUCGAGCGCAUCGGCUCCCACCUUUUUGCAAAGCGCGGGAGCCCUCCUAGCCAUGUCACGCAGGAGUAAAACGAAAGCAAAACC